AGCCAUGGGAUCGUUCUACUUACUAGCAGUCGUCACUGCCGCUUCUGUACUGGGAUGCGUUCUCAGUGACCACUACCACCCCUCCGGGCCAGGCAGUCGCACUAGCUCUGCCAAGCGCGAAGAAAUGGAUUCAAAGUUUUGGAAUGACGAGGCUCAGGCAGGCAUCAAGGCCCGCCUCGAACGCCUGCAGACCGCCAGCAAGGCGCGCAACGUGGUCAUGUUCCUGGGCGACGGCAUGUCCGUGCCCACGCUCGCGGCCGCGCGCGCUCUGCUCGGCCAGCGGCGCGGGGACACCGGCGAGGAGGCUCAGAUGACGUUCGAUACUUUUCCUACUGUUGGUUUAAUAAAGACAUACUGCGUGGACGCUCAGACAGCUGAUUCGGCCUGCAGUGCCACUGCGUACUUGUGUGGAGUGAAAACGAAUUAUGGCGUCCUGGGAGUGAACGCAGCCGUACCGCGAACUGACUGCGAGGCCUCAACCGACUCAACCAAACAUUUGCAGUCUAUCCUCGACUGGGCCCUCGCGGACGGACGAGAUGCUGGUAUCGUGACAACGACGCGAAUUACCCACGCGUCUCCUGCUGGUGCGUAUGCUAAGUCUGCUGACCGAGACUGGGAAAACGACGCAGCUGUUAAGAAGGCCGGCUUCGAUACCAACCGCUGCCCCGACAUUGCACACCAACUGAUACACAACCACCCCGGGAACAAACUCAAGGUUAUCUUUGGUGGAGGUAGAGCCAACUUUUUGCCAAACUCUUUUCGCGAUGAAGAAGGAAUGUUUGGAAGCCGGACAGAUAAUCGGAAUUUAAUCCAAGAAUGGCAACAGGAUAAGAGUGACCGUACCGUGAAGCACGAGUAUAUUUGGCAUCGUGAGCAGUUAAUGCGUGCCAAAAUUGAUUUGCCAGAGUACAUGUUGGGCUUGUUCGAGAGUGGUCAUUUGCAAUAUAAUAUGAAAGCUAAUAAAACAACAGAGCCUACAUUGGCUGAAAUGACGGAGGUGGCAAUCCGGUCUCUGAGUAGAAACGAGAAGGGCUUCUUCCUGUUCGUGGAAGGCGGCCGCAUCGACCACGCUCACCACGACAACUUCGCAGAGCUAGCGCUGGACGAGACGCUGGAGAUGGACAAGGCCGUGGCGCGCGCCGCCGAGCUGCUCUCAGAGGACGACUCGCUUAUUGUGGUCACAGCGGACCACGCACACGUCAUGGCAUACAAUGGGUAUGCGCCACGUGGUAAUGACAUCCUGGGCACUUCUGUAACAUAUGCCAAUUACACGUGGGACGGCAUGCCUUACAUGACACUGUCAUACACUAAUGGACCCGGGUUUCGCCCUCAUGUCGGAGGUGGUCGACCUAACGUGACCGAUGAAGAAGAUUAUGGUACGUUAACGUGGCAUUCACCUGUAGACGUUCCACUGAAUUAUGAAACGCACGGUGGGGACGACGUGGCGGUGUUUGCGCGCGGGCCGCACCACUCCAUGUUCACGGGGCUGUACGAGCAGAGCCAGCUGCCGCACCUCAUGGCGUACGCCGCCUGCAUCGGCCCCGGCAGACACGCCUGCAGCGGCGCCACACACGUGCUGGGCCAGCCUGUCCUGCUACUUGCUGUCUCAAUCCUGUUGACUUUCUUUAGUCUAAGAUGAUUGUACAUCUCACUUAUAUAUCUGAUAUACUUAAUCCGGUUGUGUAUACCCAGGUAUUGUAAUAUUUAAAAAAAAAUAGAUGAGCCACGUUUUCUGAAUCACGGUGUCAAGACUCUCCGUGAGUUGACUAGGUUCGCAAUAAUUAAAACUUUAUUUAGUAGCGAAUAUAGAGAUACAAAACUUGUGACAUAGUUUUACUGUAAUAUCCUCAACCUUGUGACGGUCGUGAGCGCUGCAGAAUCAGUGCGGCAAAGUGAGUUUUAACUAAAAGUCGCGGGUUACUCACGUG